GUGAUAGACGAUAGUAAAGUUGAGAUGUGAACGUGAUAAGAAUUCUCUUUUUCUUCUGUUGUAAUCUACACUCCACUCCUGGUUAAAUGGUAAUUCGGUUAUUUCAAUUUUCAAAUUCAAAAUCCUGAGAAAUAAUUCUUCAUUGUUACUUAUUAAUAUUUAAUAUAGUUCAACAUAACUUUUUAUAAGAAAAAUGUCAAAAAAAUUACCAUCUCCUGUUUACACAUUGAAAUGUGAAAAAUACACCCCAUACUGCUUGAAAUUCUAUUUAGAUGGCGAAAUACUCUAUGUCGGUACUCUGAGCGGAGAAAUACUCGUCUGGAACAUGGAGUCUAACCGUUUAAAAAAUGAAAUUAAAGCUGGCACAGUGUGUAUAAUGACUCUUGAGCUGUUAACCAAACAAAAUCAAUUAGUGUCGCAAAAUAAAGUCGGCGAAAUAAAAUGUUGGCUGAUAGAUGGCAUAGAACUCAAGCUUCAUCACACACUAUCUACCCAAAUAAUUGGCUUUUGUAAAUUGGCCUUGUACAAAACAAACAUGUUAUUGUGCAAAGGAGAAAAUUCUACGAUGUAUUGUUACUCCACUGACACUUAUGAUAAAAUUACUGUUUUUAAUCCACACCAAGACAACAGUUUGGGAGAUUUGAUGGUAGUAAAAUCAAUUGGUGAUUAUGUGUUUUGUGGUUAUGAAGCUAAUAUAGUUGUUGUAUGGCGAGAAGAUUAUAUUGUUAAUCAGUGUAGCUUUCCUGAACUUGAAUGUUUAAUGGCGCUGGAUGUAGAUCAUAAUGUAACCAAAGGUAUUUGUGCUGGUAGUUCAAAUGUGAUAAACACAUUUUAUAUUACAGAUGGUAAUCUAAGUUUGGAUAGAAACAUUAAAAUUACAAAUCCUGGUGUUAAUGCUUUGCAGCUAAGACCUGACGAUAAAAUAGUCGCUGCUGCUUGCUGGGAUUUAACUGUAAGACUAUUUUCUUGGAAGACCAUGAAACUCUUAGCUGUUUUGGAUUCCCAUUCGACUGGUGUCAUGAAUAUUGUAUAUUCCGAAUUGUCGGUAGCAUUUUGGAAAGCCAGGUACAUGCUGGCUGUGGCAAAUAAAGAUAACAAAAUCACUCUUUGGGAUGUCUACAAUGGAAAGGAUAACGAUUAAUGCAUAUUAUAUUAAUACUUGCAUGUGAAAGUGAAGAUUAUCAAAACAAACUAUAUUCUUAAUAGUCAAUGGAAUGUUUUUGAAAAUUUUGUAUGAAGCAAUAUGAUUAUAAAUUCUUAUACUUAGCGAGGUGUGCUAAAGUAUUUUAAAAUUUUGAACUAAUGAAGAACAUUUUAAAGUGGUUUUUUUAAACUAUAAAAACUAGAGGUUGAUAUUUUAAGAUUCACAUUAUAUUAAUUAUUGUGAAAAUAUCAGCUCUCACUUCAUUGUACGGCUGUAUCUCUGUAUUUAAUAGAUACUAUUGAAACCAUUUUCUAUAAUUUUAUUAUAAUUGUUUUAUAAAUGUAUAAUGAGUGACUAAUAAAAAUUAAGUAUUUAUUAAAAUUCCAGAACAAUACAAUUUUUUUAAUAGCUAACCUUUUUUUUCUGGAAUUGGUGAAUGUAAUGAAUACAUCUAUUGCAUUAUUUCCCAUUCAAAAAAUCCAAACCAAUGUAAUAUGUAUAUAUGUACAAAGAGUAAAACGGUGUAUAAUUAAAUGCAAAAAAUAUUUCAAUAUUUUAUAAUAAACAAUAAUUAGAUAGGUAACUGUUGUUAUAAUUUUUAAAAUUUUUGAACUAAAAAACCUAGAACUAGCACUAGUAUGUAAAUAGGUGUUAAGUGUAUUUCAUACUUAGGUCACUAUAAUCAAUGUGUUAAUCUUAAAUAUCAUUGUAUACAAAAAAUGAUCCUGAGGACCUCGGCAAAGAGUGCUCGUUUAAUGGAACCAAUUAUAAAGAUAUUUUAUUUUUAUUGAUAAGAUAAUAUAUUACCUAAUAUAAUAUUUUAAGGGGUCUUACCAUGUUUUUUUUUAUCAUGAUUCUUGGCAUGAUUUCGCAGGGUUUUUGGUCUUUUCUCGAUGCAUCCUGUUGUUAACAUCUAACAUUUUCUAGUAUACAUUAGAUUAAAUUGACUUAUUAUCUAACUUAAAGUUAAAAUCAUAUAUGUGUUUGUAGGUUGGCUUUUUACAAUAUUACAAUUUUAUUUUCAUACAAUUUUUGGGUAGGUACCAUGCUUAGCAUCCAUUUUUAUCAUAACCACAGUGGGGUUGACAUUGUUGGUGCGGAUACCCAAUGGGGUCCCGUUUGAUACUCAUAACUCGUUUCACUUGAUUGACUGCACCUUUUGAUGCACAAUACGACAUGUGGUCUGAAUGAGCUGAUGACAAUGAUAAUUUUACUAGUACAUUAUAUUAAUAAAUUCACUUGUAUUUUUUGAUGAAUAAAAUAAUUCAUUAAGUAAAUAAAUCGUUUUAAGAUUGAAACAUUACGUUUGUAUUUAUAUAUUAUAUUAAAAUUUAUAUUACAACAUUAUGUUUAAUAAUAUUGUUUAUGCAUGUGCACAGUGCAGCUUAUAUAUAUAAUAUAUAUAUACAAUGCAACUGUAAUAUUUUAAAAUCAAUCUUUUUUGGGUAAUUUUUGAGAAAUAAUUGAUAUUAUAAGUUUGGUUUUCUGAAAUUAGUUCAGUGUAUAAUUUUAGGCACUCUUGGAAACAUUAAUUGGCUUAUUUUAAUAAUAUAUUUUAUUUAUAACAAAAACAGUCAACAUUCAGAACUGAAAGUUUUUUCAGUUCUGUUAACUUCAAAAAAGGUGUAUAAAAUAUACCUAUAAGUUGUUAUUUUCGGGUGGUGCUGCUGAGUGCCUGCCCAAAAAUGUUAAAUUUUGCUACUUAUACUAUAUUAAAUAUCCUAUUUGCUCAUUGUACAUAAUGUUGUA